UUUAUUCAUAUUGAAAGGAAAUUUGUCUUUACAUAAAAAUAAAUAGAUACAUAAAUAAAAAUAAAAAAUCAAGAUGCUGAGCAGAAUUUUCUUCGCCUGUAUUUUUCUCUGUGUGUUCUGCGCAUGCUCUCCGCUGAGCUGCAGGUGGAUGGAGCAUAAAUUCAGACAGUACAGCACAAACUCAUUAACUCUGCUGGAUUUGAUGGCUUACCAUUACGUAAAUCAGGACCCUGAAGUGAACAUUGCGGCAUUCCCUUAUCCUCUCUACCACCAGGCUUCAGGAGCAUCUGCGGAGGCUAAACUUGCCUUCACUGUCCAGGUUCUGAAGGAGGUUUCUGCCCUGUUUGAGGAAGAUGACAUCUCUUCAUCAUGGCAGGAGGUCACAAUGGAGCACUUUCUGAAUGUUGUCAACAAACAGGCUGAUGAACUACAGCUCUGUGCUGGGAACCCAAAAAGGCCAAACAGGAGGCUGCACAUAUACUUUAAGAGACUCUCAAACAGCGUGUUUGGACAGAUGGGCCACAGUGCUGAAGCCUGGGAGUUGAUCAGGAGGGAAAUCAAACUCCAUCUAAUCAGAGCGGACCAUUUGGUUUCUUCUCUGUUCAUCUCUAACUGAAACCUCAGCUUUUCCAACAACGAUCUGUUUAUUUAAUUGCUUAUUUAUUAUUUUUGUAUUAAAGAACAUGGAAUUGACUAUCAAAUAUAUUCUGAGACACGAAUUUUUUUAUAUAUAUACAGUAUUUUAUUUAAAAACAAUAUUUGAUUUAAAAACAAUAAAAAUCACCCUAUGAAGCAACCUGAAAUCUGUUUUUUCUUAAACACAGAUGUUUUACAUGAAGUCAGCCUCGCUAAAUUCCUAAUGGAGAGCAGUUCUAUGCUGCUAUCAUGUGACAAAAUGGUAACAAAAUGAGAUACAACAAAGUUGAUCAAAUAAUUAUAUAAAGCACCCAAAAAAAAUUUAAAUAAAAUCUGCAGAAAUUUCAGAUGUUAGAGCAAACAAUUUCUUUCACAAACACUAAAACGUAUAAAAUUAUCAAUGCAAAAAUCAGCCAAAAGCAUGCUACCUGAGAUUACAGUGUCAUUAAUUAAAAGACUGUAUUACUGUUUUGUAAAGAAUCAUUUGGUCAUUCCUAAUCCAGAAUCUGAAAUGAUAAGACGGAUCAAACUUGAAGAUAAUGACU